GGAGGCGGAGCUUGUUAGAAAACGGGUAGAGAAGCGAACAACACGGUUAUGACGCUGUAACGACAUUAUUGCGACUGUAGUUUCAUGCGAUCAAGAGACGGAGCCCGUAAUAGAAGGCCUGUCCAACCAUGGGAAAGUCACUAUUUUCCCUGCCAAAACAAAACGAGGAUCAGAAGAGCCUGACUGAAGACUCAGAGUCUCACACAGAGGAUGAUAAACAUGAUGUGUCACAGUUUCCAUAUGUUGAAUUCACAGGCAGGGACAGUGUCACUUGUCCAACUUGUCAAGGGACAGGAAGGAUACCAAGAGACCAAGAAAACCAGCUAGUUGCUUUGAUACCAUACAGUGACCAAAGACUGAAGCCAAGACGAACGACGCUGUAUGUGUUCGUAUCGGUCUUUGUGUGUCUGCUGCUCUCCGGUCUGGCCGUGUUCUUCCUGUUCCCCCGGACGAUUGACGUCUCCUAUGUUGGUGUCAAGUCAGUCUACGUAACCUAUGAUAGAGACCAACGAAUAAUCUACUUAAAUAUCACGAAUACUCUAAACAUCACCAACAAUAAUUACUUCCCGAUACACGUGACCAACAUCACAGCACAGGUGCAGUUCUACAAGACUGUUAUUGGAAAGUCUCUCAUCAGUAAUGUCACCACAAUUAUCCCACUGGAUAUGCGACAGCUUGAUUACACUGUUCCCACCAUCAUAGCCAAUGAGAUGAACUACAUAUUUGACUACUGUACCAUGCAGUCAAUUAAAGUGCAUAACAUAGUUGUCAUGAUGCAGAUGACAGUAACCACUGUGUACUUUGGCCACGCUGAGCAGAUUUCACAGGAAAAAUACCUGUAUGUGGACUGCGGCUCAAACACAACUUCCUCCCGUACACCCACGAGUGUUAUACAGUGAUGCUCUUUCUCAUGACUUCUCAUGUAGUGGUAAAAAAUCGACCAGUUAUGUCCUGAGCAUUGCUAAGGCUAGAAGAAUAAAGUCCAUACAAUACAGGGUGGCGAUGGAUGCAUUAAUCAGAGCGCUUUCAGCAAGAGAGUUGAUGCCUUAUUACACUUCAUUAUUUAUUCUUUAGAACCAUGCUUGGAUAGACAGAUGCACUGUUUGCACUGUAAGGAAAUAGGAUGGAGGCAAGAAUAUUUACUUAUGGCUGAAAUACAGUCAAUUAUCUUGGACUAAUCUUUUUCUGUUUGUUUGUUCAUGUGACUGUUGUCAGUGUGCUGUGAUUAAGGCUUUAAAGGGAUAGUUCACCUAAAAGCGAAAAAUCUGGAAUCAUUUACUUACCUUCAUGUCGUUCAAAAUCUGUAUGUCUUGCUUCUGUGGAACACAAAUGUAGGUUUUAGUCUGAAUCUUAGGGACUCAAAUUCAGUCCUCAUUCACUGUCAUUGUAUGGGAAAGAGCAGUGUCAACCUUUUUCAAAAUUUCUUAUUUUGUAUUCCAUGGAUGAAAGUAAAAAGUCAUACUGGCUUGGAACGACAUGGGGGUGAGUAAAUAAUGGCAGAAUUUUCAGUCAUGCACAUAUCAAUCUAUUUUUCACCUUUUGUAGAAGAAGUACUUAGUAGUUUGUUUGUUUUUUUUUUUGUUUUGUUUUUUCAUAAAUGAGUAUGUUAGCAGCAUGUUUAAAUGCAAUAGCAUUAACUGGAAAUGCCAGCAUUUUUUCUUUGGCUCCAGCAUUCAGAAGGUCACAGGGUUAUGAAAAUUAAAUUAAAUCUUCGGGGGACUAGGUUAAAACUUCUUCAAAUCUAUUUGUGUUUAUCGCUAUGGUAAGAAAUGAAUGAUUUCUGUUCAAAGGGAAUGUUAAGAAGAAGAUCUGUGUGAUUAACAGAGUGUUUGAAUGAUGUUAACACAUGUUUCUAAAUUAUGAAAUUUGAAAACACUGAUUCCAAUUUUAUGAUUUUUUUUUUAAAGUGAGUCCUUACGCAAAUACCAAACGUUACUCAGAUCAAGUGACAAUUACAUAAAUAGGUAAUUUUUUUAAACUCUUAAGGGGAACUGAGGAAUACCAUAUUAGGAAAAUUAAUAUACUGAGGUCAGCCUCGGUUAAAGAAAAACAGUUCAGAUGGAAAUAAUUGUUAUGUAGAAGUUUUGAAUUAAGAAAUUGACUUCUGUUGAUUGAUGUCAAUGAAUUUAGAUUAAUUUGGUUUGCAAGGGCAACCUGUUAUUUUGCAAGGAAUUCACUUUGUUGUAAUAUUUUUUCUCAUGCUUCAUGGGUCGAUGGAUGCCCACCAUAAAUUAUGUUCCUUGACAUUGAUGUAGAUAAUUUAAUACUUAGAUGUUUUUCCUGCCUUUUCGUUUAACAUUUCUUAUUUAUGUUGGGAUUGGUCUUUAACAUUAUUUCUUUUGAAUGGCUUCAAUUCUAUUUUUUAGAGCACUGAUUUAGCAAUAAAGUUGAAUUUCUUUUAUGGA